AUGAGUAGUACCUCUAAAGGAACCCCGGUGCCAUGGUCGUAUUACUUGAUUAGGUUAUUAUUUCAGUUCGUGCUCAAGAUCUUCUAUGGCACAAUCGUUAUCGAGAACACGCAUUAUGUCCUUCCUGACGGCGAACCUUGCAUCGUAUGUGCGAAUCACAGCAACUCUUUGACCGAUGCUCUUCUCCUGGUCAUAGCAAUGCCUCAGAAGAUUCGUGGCAUGCUGCGUCUGACUGCGAAAGCCACUCAGUUUGGCCACAAGACCUUCACUAGCUGGUUGAUUGAAUCGGCGGGAACGGUGCCAAUCCAACGACGCAAAGAUAACCCCGACGGCACGGUAGACAAUUCCCAGGUGAUGCUGAAGUUGAUGGAAGCCCUCGAAGCCGGAGAUGCAGUCUGCUUAUUUCCCGAAGGCAUGAGCAGGUACCAUCCCACGAUCGCGCCGCUGAAGACCGGAGUCGCUCGCCUGGUGUCCGAUAUUCUGACAAGGAACAGGGACAAUCUGGACUUCACCAUUUCCAUCCUGAACUGCUCCGUCACCUAUAUGCAUCGUCAGCACUUCAGAUCCGAUGUUUUGGUCACCUUCCACCCUCCGAUGCGAUUCAGUCCGAAGACUCAUCCUGAACUCUUGGCGCCUAUCGAGUAUGAUCACAUUCGCGAGGUCACGUCUCAAAUGCACGAUCAAAUCAGCUCCGGGACGAUCGACGCCCCUUCAUGGGGCCUCGUGAGGACGGCGAAGCUAACUGCUCGCAUGUACGCUCCGCUUGGCACGCGCAUGAGAUUAGGCGACUACAUCCGCGUCACUCGUGCCUUCCUGGAGGUGUUCAAGAGUUUGGAUGAUUCUGCUCAGUCUGAUGCGGCGAAAGAGCAGAAGGAGCUCCUGCAUGACUUGAAUGAGUAUCAAGACAAGCUUGUGCGUCUCGGGAUCAAGGACGACCGCGUCAUGCGUCCACUUCGCAGGACUGUCAUUCUCACUCGUAUCAUCGUACGGUUCACCUGGUCAUUGGCCCUAUUCAGCAUAUCCCUGCCUGGGUUAGCCCUUUGGUGCCCCGUCUUCCUCACAACCUUCAUCGCUGUCAAGAACUUCAAAAAAACAGGGCCCAUAUUCGACACCUGGGACGAAAUAGCCCAGUACAAACUCAUAUACGGCCUGGCAUCCGGCAUCUCCGUCUGGUUCAGCGCUGUGAUGUUGACAUUGCCUUUUGCCGCCUUCACGGUGGUCCUCGUCCCAGCCCUUAUGUGGAUCACCCUACGCUGGCUUGAGGACGCCGUGUCCGCGUUCCGUGCCUUGAGGGCCCUUCUACGAUUACUCCUCGUUGGUCAAGGGACGUUGAAAGGCCUUUCUGAGCAACGAAAGGAUCUGCACAGCAGAGUGAUGAAUCUCGCCACCCAGAUUGGUUUGCCCAACAAUCCGGAAAUGUACUUCUUGAGUACCGGCGGUAGGGAGAAGGGUAGAGUACGGGGGAAAUGGGAGAGUACGACCAGGUACUUCUCUGUCAAGAGAAGGCGUAAGAGAGACUGGAACGAAACCUUAAGGCUUUACGACAAAGUUGAUUACCCAGAGGAUGAUUCAUGA